CUCACGAUCCUCUCCCCCUGCGCCGCUCCUCUCCUUCCUCAUCACGCCGCGACGCCUCCUCUCUCUCUCUCCCCCCACCCAGACAGAGCUCGAAACCCUAGGCGCGCUCGGCGAGGCGAGGCAUGGCGAUGGACCCGGACGCGGUGGCCAAGGCCUUCGUGGAGCACUACUACCGGACGUUCGACACCAACCGCGCCGCGCUGGUGUCGCUGUACCAGGACACCUCCAUGCUCACCUUCGAGGGCCAGAAACUCCAGGGCCCGGCCGCCAUCGCCGGCAAGCUCGGCUCGCUCCCCUUCCAGCACUGCGAGCACCAGAUCAUCACCGUCGACUGCCAGCCGUCGGGGCCCCAGGGAGGCAUGCUCGUCUUCGUCUCCGGCUCCAUACGCACCGCCCCCGAGGAGCACCCCAUGAAGUUCUCCCAGGCAUUCCAUUUGAUGCCGGCUGGAAAUUCCUUCUACGUGCAGAAUGACAUGUUCCGCCUGAACUAUGGUUAAAGACGGUCAAGAGUUGCUGGAAGCGAAGUGAUUAAGGGUUUCAUGUUGAAUUGAUGGAUAUGAAUGAUGCUGCUACUCCUGCCCGUUUGUUGGCUGCUGUUGUUUAUUGCAAGAAAAUUGCUAGACUUGAUAUGCUUGUUGGAUAAUUUCUUAUUUUGGAUCAUGUACUCUGGUUGCGUGGACACCGCUUCUCUGUGGAUUGUGAAUGAAAACGGUCCAGAUCUAUUCAUGUGAGGGAUCUCCGGUUUGUCCUGGUUGA